GACGGAUUCAGGUUCGUAGCGGUUCUCACACCAGUUGUUCUGGUUCGGAAAGCCUGAGAAGCGGGCCUGACCUUGUUUUUAGUGGGCUUGGAAAGCCCAGGAGUGUGGGAAAGUUUAUUUUAUCUUCGACUGUCUGGACUAGAGUGCAGAGAGAGGGAGUUGAAGAGGUUUUGAUUUGUUUUCCCUUCUUUCCCAGGCAUUCAUCAUGUUCCGAUAGAGACCAGAAUCUGCGGCGGCCAACAUGCUGAGGCGUCUCGACAAAAUCCGCUUUCGGGGCCAAAAACGGGAGGAGUUCCUUGACCCGACUGAGUCGCCCAACACAUCGGACACAGAAUGCAGCGACGAAGUCGUGGUGAAAACGCGCUGCUUGCCCAAAGAGCAAGAAGAGCCGAGGGAACCUGAGUUAGAACAGCAGAUGGAAGCCCAGGCUGGUCCUGGAUCAUUUCUGGCAGGUGUCCAAGAAGAGCCAAAGACUGAUUUGAACGAAGUGAAAGGCCUUCUAGAAAUCGCUUUGUUAGAAAAACACUUCUUAAAGGAGGAGCUGAGGAAACUGAAGGAUGAGUCCCACAUAGAGUCACUGAAACAGGAACUGGAGAAAGAACGAUGCAAACGCAUUGAGCUGGAACAGAAGGUCAAUGAUGCCAUAAAGUUAGGAGUUGAGGAUUCUCCAUCUCAGUCAAGAAAAUCUCCGUCCCCUCAGCCUUCUCUAAGCAGCAGUACAGAAAAACAUAAACAGACUCUAUGGAACAACUUCCUGAAAUGGCUUUACAAUCGUUUUGGAGUUUACAUCGAAGACUUCCGCUUUCAGCCAGAAGAGACAACUGUGGAGACGGAGGAGCCACUAAGUGGAAAGAGGCUGACUGAAAACAUGAGACGCCUCAAAAGAGGGUUCAGACCUGUGACAAACUUCAUGAGGAACCUGUCUGCCUUAUCCAGCUGGUAUUCUGUGUACACGUCUGCCAUUGCCUUCAUUGUCUACAUGUAUGCAGCGUGGCAUGGCUGGGCCAUCCCCAUGUUCCUGUUCCUUGCAAUUCUCCGCCUUUCCCUGAAUUAUUUCAUCUCCAGAGGCUGGAGGAUCCAGUGGAGCAUCGUACCUGAAGUGUCUGAGCCAUUGGAACCUCCAAAAGAAGACUUGACUGUAUCUGAGAAGUUCCAGUUGGUUCUGGAUGUCGCUCAGAAAGCUCAGAAUCUUUUUGGAAGGAUGGCCAACAUCCUUGAGAAGAUAAAAAAUCUGUUCAUGUGGGUCCAGCCAGAGUUGACUCAAAAGCUCUACGUGGGACUGUGGGCGGCCUUUAUCUCCUCGUGCCUGUUACCUUACCAGCUGCUGGGCUUCAUCAUAAGUGUUUAUCUAGGUAUUAAGUUCUUCAUCGUUGACUUCAUCCUCAAAAGUUGUCCUAAGCUACGGCAGCGCUUCGACACCCCCUACAUUAUCUGGACCAACUUACCCAACGACCUGCAGCUGAAGGAGCGCAACAACACCACCCUGAGCAGACGGGUUGCCCCAGCAGGGGGCCGGGGGAGCGUCGGUAGUGCUGCUCCUCUCGGCGCCAGCAGAGAAGAAGAAUGCGGCCGAUACUACAGCACAAAGAGAGGAGCUUUUCACGAGGUUUUCAGCCUUCCAGAGAGUGAGCGCCCUCUGUCAGUGUGUGAGAACGGCUGGCGCUGCUGCCUGAUCAAUAGAGACAGGAAGACACCAACAGACUACAUCCGUCACGGAGUCCUGUAUGUUACAGAGAACCACUUGUGUUUCGAGAGCUCCAGCUCAAGAUCCGGUUCUUCAAAGAGGAACAAAGUCAUCAAACUGACCGACAUCAUUGAAAUCCAGAAAUAUAAGGUUUUGUCAGUGCUACCUGGUUCAGGGAUGGGGAUCUCCAUAGCAACGCCUACCACCCAAAAGCCGUUGGUGUUUGGUGCCAUGAUGCACAGAGAUGAGGCGUUUGACGCCAUCUUCUCCCAGCACUCAAAGAUGGUUGAAAAGGCUCGAGCCAAAAAUCCAGAGACGUAGCGCGAGAUCGUCCUCAACGUACUGUUAAGAAUCUGCGUCGCUGUCCUUCACAGCAUGUUUUCGAAGUAACUUAAAGUACUCCAGAGCAGCAGUUCCCUGCUGUUGGAGGCCAUCCACUGUCUGUGCAAUCUGGAUCAGCAGAACCUCGUCUUUUGUCUGCAUAUUUGCCAGUACAAUGUGACUCUGGAGCUGAAUACACAUGUGCUGAUGAGACUGCAGGUGGUUUCAAAUUCAGCCGUGCAGUGUCCUGCACAAGACGGCGUCCUUUAUGCACUAGAACAGUUUCCUUCUUCAACAGUGAUUUUUAAAAAAUUUUUUAAACACAUUCUGUCCUUUUGAUUAAACUUCUGGUCUGUUGUGUAUAUUCAGAUACAGGUCAAUGUAAAUACUUUAAAUUAGGGAUUUUUUUUCUCCCUUUUCAGGAGAAUGGAUUUAGUUGGAGGUAUCGUGGUGUAUAGGUGUAUUAGCCACCCAGUUUGAAACCGUUACAGGUUCACGAUUACGUUUCAGCCAAUGUUUCUGGUCAUGUCCAUCUUAGGAACUCUAUGUUUUAUCUGCUUUAAAAUCCACAGAACCAGCCUGCAGGGCCUGCUCCAGUCCGUUUACAGAGCUGCACAAUAAACAAAAGCUUCAAAUGGGUACAGGAACAUGUCAACAUUUUUCUCAGUAAACAUAUUUCUAAUAUUUUUCGCUGAGAUGAAAUUCAUACAAGAUUAAAUUCAUUUCAGCUCCUUUAAAUAGUGUCCCAACAAGUAUUUUCUCAAAGCACUUUGCAAAAAAAAAGCGCUUUGAGAAAAUGACUUUUUCGAAGCCGUCUUAACUUCGAAUUUGAUCGUAGAUAUCAAAAAACUGCUGUCAGGUUCAAGUUAUUUUUUAAGCUGGUAAAAAGUUUUCUAUCUUUGGAAACCUGACUUCAUUCAUUCACUCCUGAUGAACGAGUGAAUGAAUGAAGGAUGAAUGGAGAAAUGUACUGGAACCUUUUCGAUUAGAAUCUAAAGAUGAAAUUAUUUUGGAUUUCCAAGAAACACACCAAGUCAAACCCUGAAAAGUUUCAUGUUGGUACAUUAGGAACAUUUUUACUGAGGAAAAAACACUGGUAUCAAAUCACAGUUGCCAUAACAAUAUGAAUGUGUGCCAUAACGUGAUCCCAAAGCGCUGCUUAAAUCCAUAGUUUGGACACUUUAAUAUUUUGCGUGUUUAGUGUUUGUGCUCCACAUGCCCAUUAAUAGAUUCACUCAGAAGAACAUUCACUACUGCUGGCACAAACACCUGAUGAAAAAUGUAUUCAUAAAAUGAUGUUUACAGAGAUGAAGGCAGAUAUUGUCAGAGCAAGACAGUGUAGUUGGCUCAUUACUUGGAGAAGCAUUCUAGAUAAGAUAUUUCAAAUCAUAAAAAGUAAAGGCUAACACCUAAACCAGUGUUCAUUUCGACAACAUAUUUUGAAUUAAUUUUAGUCUUGAUCUGAUUGUAGUUUUAGCCAACUAAAUGCAUUAUGAAGGUAUAUUUUGUAAUACAUGGGCAAGUUAAUAUUUUUUAUCUGAAACGGUUUUAUUUGUGUUUUUAAUUUUUGACGUCAUUUUAGCAAAAAUCUAAAAUUCAAAUAAGAUUCAAAAUACCUGCAGCCCUCCUUUAUGUCGGCUCGUUUUUUCAGUAAAGCCGGCUCACGACUGAUCUACAGGGAUGGAACCGUAUCACUAGUUAAGUCUAAGCCCUAAAACAGAACAGCAGCUGAAAUGUCUCCUCCGCUGGUCGUUUUUAUUUUCAGUUUUGAUGCCAUAUUCAUGUUGAUUUGUUUGUCUGUUGUGAACCAAUGAGAACUAGUCCACUGAUCACAUGUCCAAUCCCGUUUCAGAUGGUGAAAGCUCCAUCUGAAGCCACCGAGUUCUAGUUUCCUGAUUGUACUUGCAGUGCAACCUGAACAUGUGCAGACAUGUGAGCUUGAUGUGUGAUUAUCGAAACUGACAGCAAAAAACUGCACUUCAUAUUGGAUUAGUUACAAGCUGCAGACUGGUUCUAUCUUACAGGAAGAUGCAAACGCAAUCAACCCCACACCAACGCCCCACGAGGUUUAAGAAGCGCAUAAAAUGUGAAAGAGCCUUAAAGGGGCAGUAUUAUGUAAAAUGGACUUUUUUGAGCUUUACAUCAUGUUAUAACUUUAAUCCCUCAUCAAAAUCAUACCUGGAGGGUUGCCUUUAUUUUUUUAAGCAUAUUUGAGAAAUCCUUCAGUCUUCAGCGGCAGCCAUUCAGCUGGAGACGGUUCUGCAGUGUCGUAAAUCAGGGGCCAAUCAACAAAUGCAGUCCAGUGUGAAGUAAAUCACUGGGGCAGAACCGGUUAAAGCCACAGCCAUAGAGAAGGGCCUUUAAAAGUGUUUGACUCUUUGGUGAGACGCUGGCAGCAAUCUUUAAAAUAUGGGCUUUAUCUUGGCGUUAAUCCUGAUAAUUUUGGAUCAGGAAGGCAACACUCAGUCUAGAGCAUCAAGGACUUUUUCCCUGCAGCUUUAUGACACUGUAUGUCUGUGUGAGAGCAGCUGAUCAAUCUUAUAAGACUAUUCAGAUAUCAUAAAGGGAAUCAAGUCAAGUCAAGUAGCAGCAUCAACUUAAUCCAAUAAUAGCAGAAAGUGUACUAAUGUUUUUCAACCACAGUUUUCCAUUUUGGCUUUUCUCUUUAAUGAAUAAUGAGAAGGUAUAAUGUUGAAAUUGAAUAAUUCAGAACUUAAUUUUUCAGAACAGUUCAUUUUUCUUAUCUCCUGAAACAUAACUGGAAGAGGUUCUAUUUUUUUCUUAACCACGAUUCUAUGUGUCACCCAUAAUACUCCUUAGGUUGAAUUGUAAAUAGGAAUAGGAAACAUGUAGUUAUUUGUUUCAGCUGUUUCAGGUUUAAUCUGAAUCUCAUAAGUGUUGGGAUGUCUUUUACAGAGGACUGGGACUGUGAGGAUGAGAAGGUCACAUCCAACAUUUAAUCAUGUUCUUUUGUUCUAAAUGAUUACAUAUACACAGGAAUUCACUUUAAAUAUAUAGGUUAGAUCACAACAUAUGUGCAGUACAACUUUAAAUAAAACAAUCUUUUCAGUAUACUGGGUUGUGUAGGUUUAGGUUAAAUAAUCUAGUUGCUAAUUAGAAACAGAGUUAUUUGGUUUUUAUUAUUACAAUCACUGGCAAUAAAAAAUGUCAAUUUUGUUCAUUCUGACUGUUAAAAGUAAGUGUUUAUGUAUUGUUUUGUGUUGAGAAACAUGGACAACUUUUUAAAUGUGUCCCAAUGAAACGGCGCCUCCUACAGUUGCAUAAUGUUUAUCAGUGGGUUCAUCUGUGAAAAUGAAAAAAAAAAACAAAAAAACAGGACAUUUCAGAGGGGAGGGGGAAGGGUUCUCACUCUGGUGACUCAGUCAUUGAUGAAAACAUAAGAAUGUUUAACUAAAGCAAAAAUUUUGUUCUGAUGAAAAGUUCAAUAUUUAUGUUUUAAAAUAAGAAUAAGAGCGACGAUGUUUCCUGUUUUUUUUGCUGCCAGUUCCUGAUGAGAAGAUGUGAUUACAUGACAUACGGUACAUGAAUCGGGGCAUUUCUAUGGCUUAAGUCUGGUUUUCUGGAGCAAAAUUUGGUUUUCUUUCCGUUGGUUUUAAGUUCCCUUGUUUUCUAGGUAAAAAGGAAAAUUCUGAGAUGCCAGUUUUUACUUGAAUGCCUUGUUGCCUCAUUGAGACAUUAUUCUCAGACUUCCUGGUUUAGUGUUAAAACUUACCGCACUUUUUUGUAUGCUGUAGACUUUUAACAUUGUUUAUAAUAAGUUUAUAAUAUAAACUUCUGCAAACGCGUUUGUCUGGUGGUUUGGGGUUUUAUAUGUUGUAAGGAUUGAAACUGAGUAACAUUUUGUUAUGGAUCUAUCUCUGUGUUAAAAACAUGUACAUUUUUGUAUUUAAGUAAAAAUGAGAAUUCUGCACA